GCUGCUCUCUCACUGCCUCCCUGAAAGCUGAAGGCAUUUGAAACUUUCCACCUCACAUUUGUGCAUCAACCUACAGACGCGACACGGAGCCUGUUUUCUUUUUUUUAUUUUUUUAUUAUUAUUUUUUUUAAACUACCAGCUUUACAUCAAACUUGCCAUGAGCAUCGCACGGCUGGAGACCUAAACCGGCGGCUCUGGAAGAGGUGAAGAUGCCUCAUGGAUCGCUCCAUCACCGCCAGUGCGCCAGUUCAGGGCAUCCCAAACGCCGAAUAACAAAGAAAUGCCGAGGUUUAGCGCCAGAUGGAUGGUUGCGGUGGUGCUGAUUGCGGUGGUCGGCGGCGCUUUCUUCUUCUGCGAGUAUCUCAUCUACUUCCCCACCAUCCUCAAGUGCGCCUGGCCGAAGAUCAGCCAUGCUCGGGGGGGAGAGGGCAUCGACGACCGGCCGAUGGACUCCACGGUCCGCGCUAUGGUGCUGUCGGAUACGCACCUCCUAGGAGCCGUCGGGGGACACUGGUUCGACAAGCUGAGGAGGGAAUGGCAGAUGGAGAGGGCUUUCCAGACCGCUCUGUGGCUGCUCAGGCCCGAGAUAGUGUUUAUUCUCGGGGAUAUCUUCGACGAAGGCAAGUGGAGCUCGCAGAAGCACUGGGAGGACGACGUGCGACGCUUCCACAGGAUGUUCAGACACUCCACUGACACAGAACUGGUUGUACUGGUUGGAAAUCACGACAUCGGUUUCCAUUACGAGAUGGACUGGUUCAAGCUGCAGCGCUUCGAGAAGGUCUUCAACGCUUCCUCCACCAGGAUCGUUACCAAGAAGGGAGUCAAUUUCCUGCUGGUGAACAGUGUGGCCCUGCACGGUGACGGCUGUCCCAUCUGCCAGUCGGUGGAAAAGGAGCUGAUCAAACUCUCCAGAGACCUCAACUGCUCGCUUCAGAACUCGCAGUCCAGCAGCGGCGUAACGGACAGCUGUGAAGGCUCUCAGCUUUAUCCUCCUACGCCCCCAAUCAUGUUACAGCACUAUCCUCUGUACAGAGUGAGUGAUGCCGGCUGCAAAGGGCAGGACGCUGCACCACCUGAAGAGCGACACCUGCUGUUCAGAGAGAAGUAUGACGUGUUGUCGAAGGAGGCCUCUCAGAGACUGCUGCAGUGGUUUAAGCCCCGCCUCAUCCUGAGUGGACACACCCACAGCGGAUGUGAGGUUGUCCAUGACAACAAAUACCCAGAAGUCAGCGUGCCGUCCUUCAGCUGGAGGAACAGGAACAACCCCAGCUUCAUCCUGGCCUCGGUGUCGCCCAGCACCCACACCCUGUCCAAGUGUUUCCUGCCGGAGGAGAGCACGGUGAUCGGCGUGUACUGCUCGGCCGGCGCCUGCCUGCUGCUGCUGUUCCUGGCCCACUGUCUGUGGAUGAAAGGUCUGCUGCAGUGCCUCAGCCUCUGCCUGCUGGGGAAGCACAAGUCCCUGUGAACUACAUUACCCAGCGUGCACCACGUUCCAGGACUGAGCCACCGGAGCUGGUAAUGUGAAGAUUCCUCCCCCCUCCUCCCCCCUCGGUGAGCGUGCCAAAAAUCUGUCCAUGCAACCUCGAUUUGUUCGUCCAAAUGUUUUUUGCGGCACUGUGAAGGACAUGAAUAUGUAUUUUAAAUGUCUUUAAAAAGGACUUAAAGUUUAUUACUGCUGAUGUUGAGGAUGAUAGUCGAGUUUGAGCCUCUGAUAAGGACCAAAUUGUUGUUACAAGUCAUCAGCAAAGUUUGUUUGAACUUGUCAGACAGGUGGAAGACGAAGCAUCAGGAAGUUUUCAAUCACAGAAAAGUGUGACCGUGUGACCAAAGCGCACACACGUGGCAUUAAGUAGGACAAAUCAAACACGUAUAUAUGUAAAUACUAACUCUCUGAUUUAAGAUGGUGAAGUUAAGAGGUCCGUUGGUGCUUUCUGUCUCCCCCCUCUGAUGUUAACUGUGACCCGACGUGAUCAUCUCACACCCAGCACUGUUCGUUUUCUGUCGUUGAUGUCACGUCACCCAUCCAGGUUCCUCGUCGUUUUUAUGAUGCAUAUCAGAAACAAAUAUUUAUUGCUGACUUUCUGUGCCAAAUGUUUGUGAGGGUUUUUGCCAAAUUGUUGAGAUGUUUCUGACGAACUGUACAUAAUAAAUCAGAAUCUUAAGGCC